AUGCUUUCGCAGUUUUACGUGCUCGCCCCUCGGGGGGACUGUCUGAUCACGAAGGACUACCGGAGCGACGCGCCGAAGGGCGCCGCGGAGAUCUUUUACAGGCACGUGACCUGCGCGCAAGUCCCGGCGGCAGUCGCCAACUUCUCAGUCUCUGGGGCUGCGGGCGGCGCCAAGUCGAGUGCAUGCGCCUGUCGCUCGGCGCUCGCCGGCAUCUCCGCGCUGAUGAGUCGCGGCGCGGGCGCAACGGGCGAGGCCGCGCCGCUCUUCUGCGUCAACGGAGUCACGUUCGCCUACCUGCGGCGCAGCGGCCUCUACUUCGUCUUGACAACGCAGCAGAAUCCUUCCCCCGCGCUUCUUAUCGAGCUGCUCCAUCGCCUUACGAAAAUCAUUCAGGAUUUCUGCGGCGUGUUGAAUGAGGAGGCGAUUCGGAAGAACUUUGUGCUGAUCUACGAGCUCCUCGACGAGACCAUCGACUUUGGCUACCCUCAGCUGACUUCGACAGAGUCCCUGAAGUCCGCGGUCUACUCAGAAACUGUCCUCGUAGACCCCCCGCCCCUCAAGCACCUGGGAGGCUUGUCUACACUGACGAACUUGGCGCCUAAGACGAUUCCGAGCAACGCGUCGCACCGGCCUGUGGGCGCGACCGCGGGCGAGGGUCUCCGGGGGGCGGCGUUCGGGGGCCGCGGGCCUCGCGCGGUUGGUGGCGUAACUCGCCGCAGCGAGAUUUUUGUGGACGUUUUGGAGCGGCUGACGGUUGUUCUGAGUGCGAACGGCCACGUCGCCCACGCCUCGCUCGACGGCAGCAUUCAGAUGAAGAGCUACCUCGACGGAAAGUUCCUCCUCAAGCUCGCGCUCAACGACGACAUCGUCUUCAACCAAGGCUUAGAGAGUCAGCUGGGCGGGUUCGCGAACGGCGCCGGACGCGGCGGAGGGGGCUCGACAGUCUCCGUGGACGCCUGCAACUUCCACGAGUGCGUCGACUUGGCGGAGUUCGACGCGCCCCAACGGGUCCUGACCUUCGUGCCUCCCGACGGAGAAUUCGUCCUGAUGAACUACCGCGUCGCUCACUGCCAGGCCGUCCCCUUCCGCAUCUUCCCCCUCGUCGACUGGCGCGCCGGCCAGACCAAGGGCGAGCUCACAGUCAAGGUGAAGGCCGACGUGCCUGAACAGACUUACGCGGCGAGCGUGACGGUCUCCGUGCCUCUUCCAAAGAGCAUCAUCGCGUGCUCAACCGACGUCUUUCCUCCGCUUCCCGUUCAGGCAAGACCUUUCGCGAUUUUUUCUGCAGAGUUUCUGCCGGCCGAGAAGCGCUUGGUUUGGAAUAUCCGGAAAUUCCACGGCGGCGCAGAGAUGAUUCUGCGCGCGCGGUUCACGUCCUCCACACCCGCCACCGCCACUGCCUCUCACCGAAAAGAGUUCGGGCCGAUUAACAUGACUUUCGAGAUCCCGAUGUUCAACGUCUCCAACCUCCAGGUGCGCUAUCUGCGGAUCGCGGACAAGAAUGGAGCAGCGAGUCCGUUCCGAUGGGUUCGCUACGUCACGCAGUCUUCGUCCUACAUUUGUCGCGUGUAG